UGGGUGCAAGACGCUACCUAAAUAUAUAAUUUUAAUUAAUUUUACGCUUUGUGUAUUAAAUAGUAUCUUAUUAAAUAUGUAAAUAAUGUAGUUUCAAAUACUAAAUUAAGAAUAGUAUAUCUUAGGGAGAAAUGGCGCUUUUAAAAAGCAUUGGCCCUAUUAUAGAUCCAGGCUUGUGUAGAUGCUGCAGAUCUAUUAAGAAAUGUCGAAUUUUAACAGCAGAAUAUACUUGGUCAGAGAAAAAGGAAGUCUACGCUGAUAUGAUUAUGGAUUGCUUCGGUAUACUACUGUCACAUGUGGAUGAUGACGAGAGGGAUUCUGGAGUGUGUGCAACAUGUGUAGUGAGGCUACGGGAUGCCUGUGCCUUCAGAGAACAAGUGCUGCAGAGUGAGGAGCUAUUCCUGAGCUCCAAGCUCGAAGAUAAUGAAAGCAAGAAACCCUUAGAGCCUAUAGAGGUGGAACUGAAAACUGAACCAAAAGAUGAUGGAUACUCUCAUGAGGAUCGCGAUGAUGCAGUCACUAUGGAAGCCUUACUACCAGUAGACCCUGUUCUAUCUUCAGAACCUAAGAAAGAGGAGGUGAAAAUCGGCGAGAACGACAAAAAUAUCGACAUAGACUCGGCACGCGACGAUUAUGACGCGGACUUCGUCGCCAACGAUUACUCAGACUCGUCGUCGAACUCCGACAAGCCGCUGAAGAAGGUCAGAAGCAGCAAGAAGACCAAAACGAAAAACAAGAAGGUGCAGAAGAAGGCGAAAGUUAAAAAGAAAGAUUCAAAAAAGUACGAGAUGAAGCGACCUCUUUCAGAGAAGAGGAAUACAUAUGACAGAGACUUAGAUUGUAUGUCCGAAGAGAAUCUCCUCACAAUUAUACAGUAUUCCUAUGUUGUUCCGUUCAAGAACAGAAGAAAUAACUACUAUUGUUUUUACUGCAAAGACUAUUAUCCAAAACCUGAAGAUUUGAGAGAGCACACCGUCACCCAUGACACAAAACCGUUCCAACUGCUUAUGGGAUAUAAGAAAAUGCCCAAAAUAGAUAUAACCAGGAUAGACUGCAGGCUAUGUCCAAUGAAAAUAAAUGAUAUAGAAACUUUUAAGCACCACAUUGACCAAGUACACGGAAAGAAGAUAUAUUUUGAAGCUCCUGACAAGUUAUUGUUGUAUAGACUCACAUGGAACGACUUAGUUUGUGUUAUGUGCAGUGAUGUGUUUGAAGACUUCAACACAUUAAACACUCAUAUGGUUGAACAUUUCAGCAAUUUCACAUGUGAUGUUUGUGGUAUGUGCUUCCUUGAGAAGGCUCGGUUAGAUGCACACUUAAAAAGACACAAGGACAAUGAACGGCAUACCUGUGAAAUAUGUGGCAAAGUGUUCAAAUCGAACCAUUACAAGGAUAUGCAUGUGGAUAUAGUGCAUAAGAAGAUAGCUAUAAUACGGUGUCCUAGGUGCGAUGAAUGUUUCAUGUCUUAUGCCUUGAAGAAUAAACAUUUGACAGAGGCUCAUGGUCAGAAACGGACCUAUCCGUGUAAUUUAUGUGAUAAAGUAUACAAUAGACAGAAAACGUUGACAGAACAUCAACGAAGGAACCACCAGAAGGUUAUGAAGCAUCAGUGUGAAUAUUGCGAUCAGAGGUUUUAUUUGCCGUCUCGUUUGAAGGAGCACAUGGCAACCCACACCGGUGAAAGGAAUUUUAGAUGUGAGUACUGCGAGAAAAGUUAUCCACGGCUAAAGUCGUUGCAGUAUCAUAUUAGAACUCAUACUAAUGAUAGGAGGUAUCGGUGUCAAAUUUGUGGUCAAGCAUUUAUACAGAACGCUAGUCUGAAGUCACACAUCAAGAGUCAUCAUCCGGAGUGUGACAUAGAUAGUUGCUACUUCUGAGUUUUAUCUAAGAACUUAUGUCUGUAACAAUAACGACUACUACUGUGUAAAGAUUUAGAGUGGUGAUAUUUGGUCUAUUUACUAUCUAUCAAUAAGUUUAUGUAAUCUUUCGAUGUGGUAGUGUUUGUGUUUAUUUUUUUUUUCCUUUAUUGGGAUAUAUAUAUAUUUUUAUAACAAAAAACUACAAAGUACAGAUUGCAAUAAGAUAAUAGUCCAAUAUGCUAUCCGUAAUAUACUUUGUAAAAUACAUACACUAUAUAAUGAUGAUUGGAUUUGAUGACUUGUAAAUAUUCUAAAAUAUGGCCGUAUAAUUAAAUUUGCUACUAUUAGUAACACUGUUAAAGAUAAAGAUAAAAAGGAUUGUGUGGUUUCAUAAAACAUAAUCUAAAAGUUAAGGUAAAAGUGAAACUAACUAAUUUAAUACUAUGCUUUGCUUUUUCCUCGUUGAUCAGUUUUUUGGACUCACUAGCUGUGUCGUUGUUUACCAAAAGCAUUAAAACCAUUAAACACUGAGAAAAACAAACAAAAUAGCGUGGAGCACUGGCACAAAUGAGUAAUAGUCUAUACACUACACGGUCAACUGCUGCGAACUAUAGGCGCCGCCCGACCGUCACGCGACAUGCAACACACAGACGAUGUGAUAAAAGUUUCACUUUAAUAAUAACAAAAUACGUUUACACAAAAUUUCGCAUUAUAAAUCUGUUACCAUAAUUUGAUACUCAAUAAGAAUCUUGAUAUAUUUGGUGCCGAGCAAAUAUGAAGUCAGAAAUGAAUUUCGAGAUUUUAAAGUUAUUCUUUCAAGUUCAUCUAAAUGAUGUAAACAGGAUUGUGUGAUUAAAACAACAAGAAAAAAGACACAUUACUGUAUGUCACUAUCAAACUGUGUGUAACCAUAUGUUUCUGUCAAAAUGUAUCCCAAUUGGGGCGCUUUUAAAUCACCCUAUGCGCGUGCUAAUAACAUAUCUGCCUUUUAAUAUGCCUGAAGAGAUAUUUUAAUAUAACCAUAAAUCUGGAAGAAUCAUCGUUAAAUGGAAACGAAAACUCGAUCUCAAAGUCUGUGUAGCCUGUAAUGUUCAUUGUUUUCUCCCGAGUGAAACAACUAAUCUUUACUAUGUAGCACUACACCCGGACACGUCCACACGCAAGCAAUAGCUGAUUAGAACUGCCUUUCGCUGUACUGUGCAUUCGUUAUAUAGCAUUCAACGUCACACGGUUAAUGUCACUGUCGAUGUCGUGAGAGUGACAAUGAUAGUUAACACAUACUCUGUUAAGACUAGAUGUCAGUACACUACAUAGGCCAUCCUUGUGUUGAGGCGUCUUCCGGACCAUGUCUCUUCGGCCACCAGCGGAAACUGGCUGAAUGUGGACUUCCGGUCUCCCACCAACGAAUAAACACCUAUAUACGAAUUAAAAUAAAUAUAUAGAAAUAUUUUUUCGAUUUUCCGUGAACGGAUAGGAGACUAUACAGAUUUGUACACGGAAUAAUGAAUAGAAUAGAAAUUCUGUUUUUUUUUGAUUAUAUAAUUUUUUAUCUACUAUGAUACCUAGUCUUACCACAAUAAAUUAAUAAAAAAUGAAACAAAGAAAAAAAUUCUGUGUUACCAUUAAGGACGUUUAUGAAAAAUUAUCCCACGAAAAUAGCAAAAUCACUUCAAUGACUAGAUGCGUUCGUAUGGAUUCUUAGAUGUAUAGAUGAACUGUGUCAGCUGUGAAAACGUCGAAAAAAUUGAGGUCGAUAGUUAACCUCUAUUUUGGGCAAAACACACACGCUAACACAAAGUAAAAUACAAAUCGCGAGUGUAAGACGUAUCUUGCACACACACUAAAGUAAUAAACCUGACCUGUUUUCAUUGGUUGUCUAGCAGCAAGGGGCUCAAUUUAGAUGUAAAAAAUCUCGACGUAAAAGAUCAUUACAAUGGUAUUCCUAAAUUGAAAAAAUUUUUGCGUCAAUGUACUGGCCCGCGCUCGCGUUCAAUUUGAUAAACGAUACGUGGUAUUGUAAUAUUGUUUAUAACCAUAUUGUUGCCCGUAAUUUAGGAAAACUCAUGCAAUAACUCUGUUAGGUACAGUCAACUUUCAGCUUUUAUAAAAUUUACUAAGUAGUCAAUUAUGUUUAUAAUGUCUAAUCGUUAAGUGUGACCAGUCGUUUAUUCCGUAACUAUUACAGAAAUCAAAAAAACUUUAAACUGAUAUCGAAAGUACUUUUUAAAAAUCAAAAGAGAAGUAUCAAAAAUUUUGAUAUUAAACACUCCAAUAAAUUUAGUAUGAGAUUAGUAGGAAUAGAAGAAAAAAAGUAGAAGUAUUUUGAUAUCUGUAAUACUUACGGAAAAUAUACCGUUUAUGGCCAAUGGACUUGCAUCCCGUGCCAAUAAAUAAAUUAAAAUGCCUACUUGAAAUAACUGUCAAAUGAAUCACACAUUAAUAUAAGUGAAUGACUUUGUAAAUAUUAAAAUGAAACAAUUGUACAUCACUUAUUUAGUUAAAUUUAUAUAUUUAUAAUGCUGAAUCUCAAAUUCAUGAACAAUCAAAUAUUUUGUGUAAUUGUUUUUAUUUUAUGUAAAAUAUAAAGGCAUGUGCACACUUAAGUCAGAUUCGUGACUUCGUCUAGGAUGAAGUAUUAACUGAAUUUUCCAUGCGCGUACAACCUAAAGAGACACAAUCUAAUAACCCGGAUAAAUAAAAAAGCAGAACAUAGUAGACAAGCUCGACCUUUGUUUUGCUUACAAACAAAACAAUAUUUUUAUACAAAUGAUUUAAGUUUUCUUUAGUGUUAAUUCCGCCAAUAAUAUUAUACUUAUGUAUGAAAGGCACGUUUUAUAAUUACCGUUCUGUAUGGCUUUUAUUACCAUCAUACUUUUUAGAUUAGUUAAAUACAACACUCAAUAAACUUUACCACUAAUUGCAAGUAAAGGUUUGCGAUACACACAGUAUUUUAUCAUAGUAUGUUACGGUCUCGUUCAUUCAAAGUAUUAUUUGCGUGUCAUAUCCAGGUAUUAUACUUCAUCCUAGGUAAACUAUGAAGGUACAUGUACGCUCGAGAGUCAAGUCAAUGUCCAGCCGAUGAUCAGUCUCACAACUUCACGGUAGUAUUUUCUGUUAUUAAACACAACGUUUUGAGACAUUUUAAAAUAAAGAUUUUCUUGGAGAUAGCUUCAGGAUUUUUUUUUCAUGUUUCUAUCAUAGCAGUACUUAUUGACGGAUUGGCAACUAAACGUUGACAUUAUCGUGUGUGCAACCACCUUAAUAAUGAUUAUAGUAUUAUUGAAAAUGUAUGAAUUGUGAUUUUUUUUUCAUCACAAUAAUUGAAACACAAUUUUAUGUAAGAUAUUUUAUUUAAGAAUAACUUAUUAAUUAUACAAUUCUAUAUA